AAAGACGCAAAAAAGUUUGUUUACAUUUUAAAUGAAAAAAAUUGAAAAUAAAAGUUCUGAACAUUUUAAAAUUAAAAACAAAAAUAAAAGUUCAAAUAAGAAACAAAAACUUAAUUAAAGUCAAAUAAUGGAUGGAGGGGACAUUGAAUUGCAAGAAGAUCGAGCGUUAUCGCCUCUAGAUAUGGCUUUAAGAGACCACAACAAUGGUUUAUCUCUACGAAAAGGGUCUGGGAAAUACAACUUAAAUCAUAUGGCCCUAUCUCGCUACAAGAAAAAUCGGGAAACGACAAGAAAAACAAUUUUAACGGAGGAAGAAGAAAGUCGUCGAAAAAGUCGCAAAAACAUGUCGAAAUCAAGAAAAAAUGAAUUUUCACGUGGAAAUAAGAGACGUAAAAACGACGACGAGUAUGAUUUGCAAACAAUACUUGAAGAUGACAAUUCUAAUGACGCAGAAGUUGUUGAACCGAGAGCAGCAGCAAGAAAUGCUGAAAAAAAUGAUGAUGCGGUUGUUGAAGAUGAAUAUGGAGCAAAUGAUUAUAGAAGUCACCUAGAAUUGAAACAAGACUUUUCUUCACGUCCACUUUAUGUUGCACCAAAUGGACACAUUUUUCUUGAAACUUUUUCGCCAGUGUAUAAAAAUGCUCACGACUUUCUAAUUGCAAUUUCUGAGCCAGUUUGUCGUCCUGAACAUAUUCAUGAAUAUAAAUUAACAGCUUACAGUUUAUAUGCAGCAGUAUCCGUAGGUUUACAAACUCACGACAUCGUCGAAUAUCUUCGUCGUCUAUGCAAAACUUCCAUUCCCAAAGGCAUUGAAGAUUUCAUUAAACUUUGCACAUUAUCAUAUGGAAAAGUGAAGUUAGUAUUGAAGCACAACAAAUAUUUCAUUGAAAGCCCACAUCCUGAGAUUCUCCAGAAACUUCUUAAAGAUCCUGUGAUACAACAAUGUCGUUUAAAGCGAUCUGAUGGUGAUGCAACUGAUGGCGAUUUCAUUAAAUCAAAUCAAAAUAUGAAAGGAGUAACUUUUGGCUCAAAAACAGGAAAUGUUACUGAAACACCUGUUGAAGGUGAUCCUGAGAAUCCUGCAACGACAAUAACUCCAGCAGUUCCUGAAGACAUCACAAAGUUCUACGAUAAAAUCGACAAUGAAGAAGAAGAAGACGUCAGUCUGGAAACAGUUUCAUUCGAAGUUGAUCAAGAGAAGAUUGAAACAAUUCAAAAACGUUGCAUUGAAAUUGAUCAUCCGCUUCUCGCUGAAUAUGAUUUUCGUAAUGAUACAAUUAACAAAGACAUUAACAUUGAUUUAAAACCAGCGGCAGUUCUUCGUCCAUAUCAAGAGAAAAGUUUACGAAAAAUGUUUGGAAAUGGAAGAGCUCGUUCUGGAGUUAUUGUGUUGCCAUGUGGUGCUGGAAAAUCUUUAGUUGGUGUCACAGCCUGUUGCACAGUUCGUAAACGAGCUUUAGUUUUGUGCAACAGUGGAGUUUCUGUUGAACAAUGGAAACAACAAUUUAAAAUGUGGUCGACAGCUGAUGAUAGCAUGAUUUGUCGAUUUACAUCGGAAGCAAAAGACAAACCAAUGGGCUGUGGUGUUCUCGUUACAACAUAUUCGAUGAUAACUCACACACAAAAGCGAUCAUGGGAAGCUGAACAAACGAUGAAGUGGCUUCAAGAACAAGAAUGGGGAAUUAUGGUGCUUGAUGAAGUCCACACAAUUCCAGCUAAAAUGUUUCGUCGGGUUUUGACAAUUGUUCAGAGUCAUUGUAAGCUUGGAUUGACUGCAACACUUCUCCGUGAAGAUGACAAAAUUGCUGAUUUAAAUUUCCUUAUUGGACCGAAACUUUAUGAAGCAAAUUGGUUGGAACUACAAAAGAAUGGAUUCAUCGCUCGAGUUCAGUGUGCCGAAGUUUGGUGUCCAAUGACAGCUGAAUUUUAUCGUGAAUAUCUCGUCACAAAAACAUCAAAGAAAAUGCUUUUGUAUGUCAUGAAUCCGAGUAAAUUUCGAAUGUGUCAAUAUUUGAUUCAUUAUCAUGAGCGUCGAGGUGACAAAACAAUUGUGUUUAGUGACAAUGUUUUUGCUUUGAAGCAUUAUGCAAUCAAGAUGAACAAACCAUACAUUUACGGACCAACAUUGCAGAACGAAAGAAUUCAAAUCUUACAAAACUUUAAGUUCAAUCCGAAAGUGAAUACAAUUUUCGUUAGUAAAGUUGCUGACACAAGUUUUGAUUUACCAGAAGCGAAUGUUUUAAUCCAGAUUUCAUCUCAUGGUGGCUCAAGACGUCAAGAAGCACAAAGAUUGGGACGAAUCUUACGAGCGAAGAAAGGAUCGUUUGCUGAAGAAUAUAACGCGUUCUUCUACACGCUCGUGUCACAAGACACAAUGGAAAUGAGUUAUUCACGUAAACGACAACGGUUCUUAGUCAAUCAGGGCUACAGUUACAAAGUGAUAACGCAUUUAGCUGGGAUGGAUGAAGAUCAAAAUCUUUUCUAUAAAUCUCGUGAUGAACAAGGCCAAUUACUUCAACAAGUUCUCGCUGCAUCUGACAUUGAUUGUGAAGAUGAAAGAGUUCCUGGUGAAGGUGGACCGUCAAGACCAGGAACGUCUAAGAAAACUGGUGGUUUCAGUUCACUUUCAGGAGCUGACAAUGAAGUUUAUUAUGAGUAUAAAAAGAAAAGUUCAGUUGUUGAAGAUGAAUAUGGAGCAAAUGAUUAUAGAAGUCACCUAGAAUUGAAACAAGACUUUUCUUCACGUCCACUUUAUGUUGCACCAAAUGGACACAUUUUUCUUGAAACUUUUUCGCCAGUGUAUAAAAAUGCUCACGACUUUCUAAUUGCAAUUUCUGAGCCAGUUUGUCGUCCUGAACAUAUUCAUGAAUAUAAAUUAACAGCUUACAGUUUAUAUGCAGCAGUAUCCGUAGGUUUACAAACUCACGACAUAGUCGAAUAUCUUCGUCGUCUAUGCAAAACUUCCAUUCCCAAAGGCAUUGAAGAUUUCAUUAAACUUUGCACAUUAUCAUAUGGAAAAGUGAAGUUAGUAUUGAAGCACAACAAAUAUUUCAUUGAAAGCCCACAUCCUGAGAUUCUCCAGAAACUUCUUAAAGAUCCUGUGAUACAACAAUGUCGUUUAAAGCGAUCUGAUGGUGAUGCAACUGAUGGCGAUUUCAUUAAAUCAAAUCAAAAUAUGAAAGGAGUAACUUUUGGCUCAAAAACAGGAAAUGUUACUGAAACACCUGUUGAAGGUGAUCCUGAGAAUCCUGCAACGACAAUAAUUCCAGCAGUUCCUGAAGACAUCACAAAGUUCUACGAUAAAAUCGACAAUGAAGAAGAAGAAGACGUCAGUCUGGAAGCAUUAUGCAAUCAAGAUGAACAAACCAUACAUUCACUUUCAGGAGCUGACAAUGAAGUUUAUUAUGAGUAUAAAAAGAAAAGUUCAGUUCAACAUCCUUUGUUUAAACGUUUCCGAAGUUAAAUGUUGAAUAAAAUUUACAUUUUUCGCUUUUAUAUUUUAAA